UAUAAGUGUAGUGAGGCUUUUCUUGCAGCGAAGAUCUAUGUUAAGUUUAACUUUAAUUAUGUUAAAAUUUCAUUUCGUGAAAGUGUUCACCAAUGCGCAUGAGCAAACAUUAUUUUGGUGCUGUUAUAGGCACGCGGUUUUAUUAUCCCUCCAUCUGCUGCUUGUUUGUAUCUAAACUGUCGGUCACUGCUGGUCACUACUGGUCACUUCAUUCUGUCAUGUGCAUAGUUUUCAUAAUAUUUCUUUAAAUUUCAACUUUUCAAAAAUAUUAUCCACAAAUUAAAAGUGUAAAGUUAUCAGAAAAUAUGGGAGUUCCAGCGUUCUUUCGAUGGCUGAGCCGCAAAUAUCCUUCGGUUGUGGCGACCUGUACUGAGCAAAAGAGCACAGAUGUAAAUGGGGUGGAAAUACCUAUUGACACCUCUGAACCAAAUCCCAAUGGAGUGGAAUUUGAUAAUUUGUACCUUGACAUGAAUGGCAUCAUUCAUCCGUGCACUCAUCCAGAAGAUAAGCCUGCACCAAGAAAUGAGGAUGAGAUGAUGGUUGCUAUUUUUGAGUGCAUUGACAGACUGUUCCGAAUUGUACGUCCACGCAAGCUAUUGUAUAUGGCUAUUGAUGGAGUUGCUCCUAGAGCUAAAAUGAAUCAGCAGCGUUCACGUCGCUUCCGUGCGUCCAAAGAAACUUCUGAGAAAUUGAAUGAGAUGAGUCGCAUUCGUUCAGACAUACUCUCUAAAGGGGCUCACCUACCUAAAGAGAAGGAUAAGGCAGAUCAUUUUGAUUCUAAUUGUAUUACUCCAGGAACUCCAUUCAUGGAUCGUUUAUCUGAAUGUUUGCAGUAUUAUAUUUACCUUCGAUUAAAUACUGACCCUGGAUGGAAAAACAUUAAGGUGAUACUAUCUGAUGCAAAUGUUCCUGGUGAGGGGGAACACAAAAUCAUGGAUUACAUCAGAAAACAAAGAGCUCAGCCAGAUCAUGACCCUAAUACGCAGCAUUGCUUAUGUGGAGCAGAUGCUGACUUAAUUAUGUUGGGAUUAGCUACUCAUGAGCCGAAUUUUACAAUCAUCAGGGAAGAGUUUGUGCAGAAUGCACCACCUAAACCUUGUGAGAUCUGUGGCCAGCAGGGCCACAAAAUGAAGGAUUGCACCGGACUAGAACGACCAGAUGAUGGUAGCAUGAUUCAAUUCACUUCAGAGCCGGAAUUCAUAUUCGUUAGGAUUAACGUACUUAGGGAGUACCUAAAGAAGGACUUGCAAAUGCCGAAUCUUCCAUUCGAGUAUGACUUUGAACGGGCAAUUGAUGAUUGGGUUUUCAUGUGUUUUUUCGUUGGAAACGACUUCUUGCCGCAUCUUCCUAGUCUGGAGAUUCGCGAAGGUGCCAUCGACAGAUUGGUCACUUUGUACAAGGAAACCGUUUAUAAAACUAAUGGUUGGAUAACAAAUGCGGGCGAUGUUAAUCUGGAAAGGGUUCAGAUGAUCCUCACGAAUUUAGGAAUGGCAGAAGAUGUAAUUUUCAAAACGAGGCAGCAAAAGGAGGUAGCUUUUAAAGAGAGACAAAAGAGGAACGAAUAUUAUAAAAGACAACAGAACAACCGACCAGAUUGGUCUUUAGUUAAAGACACGCAAUUCGGGCCAAAGCCCGUGGACGGUCCGCAAUCUCUGACCAACGUGCGUCAAGAGGCUUUCCAAAUUAGAAAAGCUGGUAUGCACACUGAUAGCGGAUCAAAUAAAACAGAUACACAACCAGGGAGUAGGAACAAUCAAAACGCAAAUCGCAGAGGACAGAAAAGACCGCACGAAGCAACGUCGCAACAGCAAGAAGACGAGGAACCCAACGAUGAAGUCAGACUUUGGGAGGAUGGCUUUAAGGACCGCUACUAUGAAAGUAAAUUCGAUGUCGAUGCUAAGAAUUUCGAGUUUAGAUAUUCUGUAGCCUUGCAUUAUGUGCGAGGAUUGUGCUGGGUAUUGAGGUACUACUAUCAAGGAUGUGCUUCAUGGAAAUGGUAUUUUCCGUAUCACUACGCGCCGUUCGCAUCAGAUUUCGUCAAUAUAUCUGGAUUAAGUACAGAAUUCGAACGUGGAACAAAACCUUUUCAACCAUUAGAACAGUUGAUGGGAGUAUUUCCAGCUGCAAGUAGCAAACACGUUCCAGAACCAUGGACUGAACUAAUGUAUAGUCCUGAGUCGUCGAUCAUUGACUUCUAUCCUGAAGAUUUUAAGAUAGAUUUAAAUGGAAAGAAAUUUGCUUGGCAAGGUGUUGCACUUCUACCUUUCGUUGAUGAGAAAAGACUGUUUCGUGCGUUGGAACCGUAUUACUCUAAACUUACACCAGAUGAAAUUAAGAGAAAUCAGCUAGGAUCAGAUCGACUGUACGUAGGUCCGCACAACAGUGGGUUUGAUAAACUUCAGUCGAUCUACGUCCAGAAUUUGGAUGCUGAUACCGAAGUACACGUUGUUAUUGAUGGCAUGGCAGGUCUUAUAAAAAAGUCUAAUAACCAUGUUGAAGAGGGUUCCGUGUGCUAUGCAACCGUCCAGGGAUUGGACGACGUUUCGGACAAUGCUGUGUACUGUGUAAAUUUCUCAGAUCCUAAGUAUUCCGUAGAAUUCAUAUUCCCCGCUGUCCGUCUACCCGGUGCCUUGGAACCUCCUAAAGUACUUAAACCUGGCGAUCUCAACGAAGAAGAGAACAGGAAUUGGAGACCGCGCAUUGGCAUGGCCCCAUCCAAUCAAAGAGCUUAUUUACCGGACUCCGGUCACAGGAUGGUCAAUCACUACACUCCCAGAAAUUAUAAUCAAGAUAACCACGGUUCAAGGGAUAACAGGUACAACUCUAAUGAUCGCGGCGGUUACAAUUCAGGUGGAAGAGGCGGCGGCGGGUACAAUUCAGGCGGAAGAGGAGGUGGAUAUAAUAAUUGGGGAUUCAAUAAUAACGGUGGCAAUCGUGAUGGUUAUAAUUCGAGAGGAGGAAGCAGAGGCGGAUAUAAUCAAGGUGGUAGAGGAGGUGGUGCACAAUCUUCCGGCUAUCAAAGCGGAGGGUACAGUUCCCGUUUUAACAGCAGUACAGUAAGCGGAGGUGGCACAGGCGCUGGUUCAGGUCCCGACAGCGGAAACAGAUAUCAGCAACAAGGAUACAGACAGGAAAAUAAGAACCGCGGCGGUGGACAGGGUUACUCUGGUUACCAAAAUCGCAACAACCAGAGUCGCCGAUAACCGGAGCAAAUACAUUUUUUGACAGAUUUCCUUUUUAUUAAAGAAAAUUCUGACUACCUAUUUUGUUUUAAGUUU